AUGGCCGACAGUCUGAAAGUCGAAAAGCUCUCCUUGAACGAUUCCCAGCACGCCCCUCCCGCGGCUGCUCAUACUACGCCAUCUGGACGUGCCGCCUAUAUCCCUCCUCACCUUCGCCAGCAGCGUAAUGCUGGUGCUGUAGGCUUGGAUGGCGCUGGCUCUUCGCCUGGUGGAAGGAACGCUGGCGCUUGGAACGCGAACCGAACUGGUUCCCGUGGUGGCAGCUGGGCAAAUGCCUCUUCUUUCAACCCUCGCAAUUCCGCCAAUGGUUACGGUGGCUCCCAGAGCGGUCCCUCCAGUACUCCCAGAGGCUCGGGAGACGGUCAAUGGCGCGAUGGCAAACAUAUCCCCGGUCCCGCGAACGCCCGUUUGGAGCGCGAACUUUUCGGUGUUCCCAAUGACCCCUCCAAGCAGACUACUGGCAUCAACUUUGCCAACUAUGAUGAUAUCCCCGUGGAGGCCUCCGGCCACAACGUCCCCGAACCCGUUAACGCCUUCACGAACCCGCCUCUGGAUGACCAUCUGCUCUCGAACAUUAAGCUCGCCAGUUACAAAAUCCCCACCCCUGUUCAAAAGUAUUCUAUUCCCAUUGUCAUGAACGGUCGUGACCUCAUGGCAUGUGCACAGACUGGUUCUGGAAAGACCGGUGGUUUCUUGUUCCCGAUCCUUUCCCAGGCAUAUCAGAACGGGCCUUCUGCUGCCCCUGCACCGGCUCAGGGUCAACUCAGCUAUGGCCGGCAGCGCAAGGCUUACCCUACUUCCUUGAUCCUUGCCCCUACUCGCGAGCUUGUCUCUCAGAUCUUUGAUGAGGCCCGCAAGUUCGCCUAUCGCUCCUGGGUUCGUCCAUGUGUCGUGUACGGAGGUGCCGAUAUUGGCUCUCAACUGCGCCAAAUCGAGCGCGGCUGUGAUAUGCUGGUCGCUACUCCUGGUCGUUUGGUUGACCUUAUCGAACGUGGCCGUAUCUCCCUGGUUAACAUCAAAUACUUGGUUCUUGAUGAGGCUGACCGCAUGCUGGACAUGGGUUUCGAACCCCAGAUUCGCCGUAUUGUUGAGGGUGAGGAUAUGCCCUCUGUGAAUGACCGCCAGACACUCAUGUUCUCCGCCACUUUCCCUCGUGAUAUCCAGAUGCUUGCCCGCGAUUUUUUGAAGGACUACGUUUUCCUGUCCGUCGGUCGCGUUGGAUCUACGUCUGAGAACAUCACUCAGAAGGUCGAGUAUGUCGAGGACCAUGACAAGCGUUCUGUCCUCUUGGAUAUCCUCCACACCCACGGAACCAGCGGUCUUACCCUUAUUUUUGUCGAAACCAAGCGCAUGGCUGAUUCCCUGUCCGACUUCCUCAUCAACCAGCGCUUCCCUGCAACCGCCAUCCAUGGUGACCGCACUCAGCGCGAGCGUGAACGCGCUCUGGAGUUCUUCCGUAGCGGACGUUGCCCAAUUCUGGUUGCCACUGCUGUUGCUGCCCGUGGUCUCGAUAUUCCUAAUGUUACCCACGUCAUCAACUAUGACCUGCCCACCGAUAUCGACGACUAUGUUCACAGAAUUGGUCGUACCGGUCGUGCCGGUAACACCGGUAUCGCCACUGCUUUCUUCAACCGUGGCAACCGCGGUGUUGUGCGCGACUUGAUCGACCUUUUGAAAGAGGCUCACCAGGAAGUACCAUCCUUCUUGGAGAGUAUUGCGCGCGAAGGCAGCGGCUAUGGCGGUCGUGGUGGCCGUGGUGGCCGUGGCCGUGGUGCAAAUGCUACCCGUGACAUGCGUCGCAUGGGCGGCGGCAUGGGCGGUCCUCCUUCCUUUAGCGGUAACACCUACAGCGGUGGUCCUAGUAGCUAUGGUGGCAACUUUGGUGGUCCUCCCUCGUAUGGCGGUGGUGGCUAUAGCGGAUACGGUGGUGGAUACGGCAACCCGUCUGGCCCUACUGGACCAUCUUCCUGGUGGUAA